UCAGUUUCAGUGUUAAUCGAAGAAAGAAAAAUGGAGGUGGAGUUGGAGCCUCGCGUGAAGGCUCUUCCGUUCAAGGUCAAAGCCAUGUCCAGGGAAUCGCCGUCGCAGAAAGCCCUCCAUGUCCUCGACACCGACCUCCGUUCUCACUGGUCCACCGCCACCAACACCAAGGAAUGGAUACUCCUCGAACUCAACGAGCCGUGUCUAUUGUCGCAUAUUCGGAUUCAUAACAAGUCUGUGCUUGAGUGGGAGAUUGCAGUUGGUUUACGGUACAAGCCAGAGACAUUCCAAAAAGUUCGCCCACGUUGUGAAGCGCCUAGACGUGAUAUGAUCUACCCUAUAAAUUACACUCCAUGUAGAUAUGUGAGGAUAUCUUGUUUGCGUGGAAACCCUAUUGCUAUAUUCUUUGUUCAGCUAAUUGGAGUUUCUGUGGCUGGUCUUGAACCUGAAUUUCAACCGGUUGUUAAUUACUUGCUGCCACAUAUUCUAUCUCACAAACAAGAUUCUAAUGAUAUGCAUCUUCAGUUACUGCAAGACAUGACAAACCGGUUGCAUGUAUUUCUUCCACAACUAGAGACAGACCUUGCCAGCUUUCCAGAUAAUCCUGAAUCUAAUCUGCGAUUUCUUGCCAUGCUUGCUGGUCCUUUUUAUCCUAUUCUUCAUGUGGUGAAUGAAAGAACAUCUUCAAGGACUCCAGGCAAUACAACUGACCUUGAUGUCUCCAAAAGUAGUCAACUCUCACCGGCUCUAACUGUUUCCUCUAACUUUGAGCCCAGGAGAUCACGGAGUUCGUCCCCUUUCAUUUCGUCUGCAUAUCGUGCCAUAGUUUUUCGGCCAGAUGCAAUUUUUGUGCUGCUGAGAAAGGCAUAUAAAGAUUCUGAUCUGGGCUCUGUUUGUAGGAUGGCAUCUACAAUUAUGCAGAAGCUCAUAAAUCCUGAUACUGAGCAAGAUGUAUCAAACCCUCAGAAUGAAUUUAUUUUUCUUUCGGAAGACAAAUCAAAGUCAGAACUGUCUAGUCCUUUAUCUUUAGUUGAUUAUUCAAACCUGUUUGGUGAGGAUUUCCGAAUCCCAGAUGAGCAAUGGGAUUGCAGUUAUCUUAAUAUAGUAGAUACUGGGGCAGUGGAAGAAGGGAUCUUACAUGUUGUUUAUUCUUGUGCAUCCCAGCCUGUUCAUUGCAGCAGGAUGGCUGAGAGAACUUCAGACUUUUGGGCUGCACUGCCUCUUGUACAAGCUCUACUGCCAGCUCUACGCCCAUGGGUGAGCAAUUCUUUUGAUGUUGUGGAUGAAACUUUUUCUCAGUGGAAUCAGCCUAUUGUACAACAAGCCUUCUCCCAGAUUGUUACUACAGCAACAUCAGCUACCUAUCGCUCACUUCUUUAUUCUUGUGCUGGUUAUCUGUCUUCAUAUUCUCCAUCUCAUGCUAGGGCUGCUUGUGUGCUGAUUGAUCUGUGCUCUGGUGUUCUAGCACCUUGGAUUACUCAGGUGAUAGCAAAGGUUGAUCUUGCUCUGGAGCUUGUGGAGGAUCUUUUGGGCCUAAUCCAGGAUGCUCACAAUUCACUUGUUCGUGCUCGUGCUGCCUUGAAGUAUAUUGUGCUAGCUCUAUCCGGGCAUAUGGAUGACAUAUUAGGGAAAUAUAAGGAAGUUAAACACAGAAUCCUCUUUCUUGUGGAGAUGCUUGAGCCUUUUCUUGAUCCUGCCAUUGCUGUAUCGAAAAGCAAAAUAGCUUUUGGUGAUCUAUCUUCUUCGUUUCCAGAAAAGCAGGAGCAGAAUUGCGUGAUUGCUCUUAAUAUCAUCCGUACUGCAGUGCGAAAGCCAGCUGUGCUACCCUCUCUGGAAUCAGAAUGGCGACAUGGAUCUGUGGCUCCUAGUGUGCUUCUCUCUAUAUUGGAACCACACAUGUUAAUGCCGCCAGAUGUUGACCUUUGCAAGUCUGUUUCAAGACUAACUGAACAUGAAACUGCAUCUGUUUUGCCUCUUUACUCUGACACCAAUGCUGGAGGUGCCAUUUCCAAGUCUAAUAGUCAAGAUGAUCCUGAUGGAAAAGCAGAUGUAUCAGAAACACUAGGAAGAUCUGAUUCUAUUGAUGAUCGUAAUCUACUUUUUGCCCCAUCUGAAUUGCAGAAUAUUACAUUGACAAACUAUUCUAAUGCACCUAACCAAAAUAGCUCUGUUUCUAACAUUAGGGAUAUGAAAUUGGAAUCCAAACGUGUUGUUGAUGAAAAUUCCAGCCAUCAUUUUCCUACUAAUGUUGUCAUAGAUUCUGGCCUUGGUUUUGAAUACUUCCACCUGCAGGCAGAUUAUUUUCAACUUCUAAACCACCAUGAUUGUGAGCUUCGUGCUUCUGAGUUUAAACGCUUGGCUUUAGAUUUGCAUUCUCAGAGUAACAUCACUAUUGAAAGCCAUGAUGCUGCGAUUGAUGCUUUACUGUUGGCAGCAGAAUGCCAUGUAAAUCCAUAUUUUAUGUCAUCUAUAGGAACCACUUCAAAACUUUCAGACCUUUUGAACAUCAAUGAAUGUAAAUUCGGGCAGACUCAUGAUAAUCUGGAGCUGAACACGGCUUCUGGAAGGAAUAUACAUAAUUUACAGACAAUAGCCCAUAUAGAAAGACAGAGAGAUAAACUUGUUUUUCACAUACUUCUUGAGGCUGCAGAAUUGGAUAGGAAAUAUCAUUUAACAGUAUCUGAUGGAGAAGAUGGCCCUUAUUCCGCUGCAGGUUUUGAUGAACAGGUUAUCAAGCUGUCCCCCCUUGAUGUACAAUAUGCAGAUGCUCUUACCUUGGUUCGACAAAACCAAGCUCUACUGUGUAAAUUUUUGAUCCAUCGGUUGCAAAGAGACCAAAUCUCAAUGCAUGAAAUUCUCCUGCAAUGUCUUGUGUAUUUUUUGCAUACGGGCACCAAAUUAUUUUGCCCUCCAGAACAUGUGAUUGAUAUCAUUUUAAAAUAUGCUGAAGACUUGAACAGGAUGCUGGCAUCUUUUCAUCCUCAGCUGAAGGUUGGUAGUUUGCAUUUGGCACAAGAAAGAGCACGUGGGAUAGAGCGGCGUUGGUUACUGUUACAAAGAUUGGUAAUGGCCUCAAGCAGUGGAGGUGAAGAGGAAAAAUUUGGAACUCAUAUCCAAAAUAAUUACCUCUCUGGAAAUUUAAUUCCCUCUUCAGCAUGGAUGCAUAGAAUUUCUCAUUUUUCUGGUUCUGUGUACCCUUUGGUUCGAUUUCUUGGUUGGAUGGCAGUAUCUCGUAAUGCAAAACAGUAUAUGAAGGACCGGAUUUUCCUUGCAUCUGAUCUGUCUCAGCUGACAUAUUUACUUUCUAUUUUUGCUGAUGAUCUUGCUGUUGUUGAUAAUGUUGUCAAUAAAAAGUAUGAAGAGGUUAAAAUUGAAGAUUCACGGGUUGAACUUGGUUCCUCUGUUAGAAGAGAAGUUGAACGAAGUAACCAAUAUAAUGAGGAACAAUCUUUUUCUGCAAUCUACCCUGAACUCUGGAGAUUCUUUCCUAAUAUGAAAAGGCAAUUUGAAUCUUUUGGAGAAGCCAUUUUAGAGGCAGUUGGUUUGCAGCUGAGAUCUGUUUCUUCUACUCUUGUGCCUGAUGUUUUGUGUUGGUUUUCUGAGUUGUGUUCAUGGCCAUUUUCCGUUGCUUCUUCAAUCAGUAAUGACAAUUUGAAAGGUUAUAAUGCAAAGAAUGCUAGAGCAAUAAUUCUUUAUGUGCUUGAAGCUAUUAUUGUUGAGCACAUGGAAGCUAUGGUUCCUGAGACACCUAAAUUGGUGCAAGUGCUUGUGUCACUUUCAAGUUCUACUUACUGUGAUGUAUCAUUUCUCGACUCUGCAUUGCGUUUGUUAAAGCCUAUUAUUUCUUGUUCUUUGUCCAAGGUCUCUCAUGAUGAAAAGUUAUUGGAUGGUGAUUCCUGUUUUAACUUUGAGGAAUUAUGCUUUAAUGUUCUUUUCAGUAGAAUUAAACAGAAGAAUGAGAUCAAACCUAGUUCUGAAGAUAAAGGAUACAAUGUGGCACUGGCUAUUUUUAUUUUGGCUUCAAUUUUUCCUGACUUAUCUGUUCGAUAUAGAAGGGAAUUUCUGCAGUCUCUAUUAAAUUUUGCAAACUUUGCUGCUUUUGAGCCGACAACUUCUUUCCAUGAUUAUCUUAGUGCAUUUCAGUGUGUUAUGGAUAACUGCAAAUUACUGCUAGUGAAUGCAUUAACAGCAUUUGGUGUUAUUCCUAUUCAGCUGCCGCCUUUUCCUCAUGUGACUGAUGGUCGGCUUUCUGAUGAUAACUUACCAAAUCCUUGGUUUCUCAGUGAUAUCUGUCACACUUCUCGUGAGAAUGAUGUUCUUAACGUAGAAAGUAACUGUUCUGUUGCUGAUGUUGAUCAUUGUCAUUUAUCUUCUGAUGAUUUAGAAGGCUUAUCUAAAGACAUGGUGGAUCUCAUUUCUGAGCUUAAUCCAGCUAUUGAGCGCUGUUGGAAUCUUCAUCAUCAGAUUACCAGAAAGUUGACGAUAACGGCAUCAGAGUGUUUUGUCUUCUCAAAAUGUUUGACAUCAGUUUCUAAAAAAUUUAAGAAUGUUGAAGAUGGUGAUGAUAGAAAUUCUUCACUGGCUGAAUCAUCUGACCUGUUCACAUUUCAUUGGAGAGUUGGUCUUGAAGGUCUCUCUGAAUUGAUCAUUACCCUUCAAGAAUGCAGUUGCUGGGAAGUUUCUAGUUUGAUUCUUGAUUGUCUGCUUGGAGUACCCUGUAGCUUCUGCCUGGAUAAUGUGGUAGGCUUGAUAUGUUCUGCAAUAAAGAAAGUUUCUUUCAGUGCACCUAAAAUCUCUUGGCGUUUGCAGAGCGAUAAGUGGCUGUCUUCAUUAAUCGCCAGAGGUAUCUACAACAUUCGAGAAAGUGAGGUUCCUCUCACUGAUCUGUUUUGUACAUUGCUGGGCCAUGCAGAACCUGAACAACGUAUGAUAGCAAUAAAACAUUUGGGAAAACUUGUUGGCCAAUGUACAAAUGGAGAAAGUGCAGUGUUAAAUUCAAAAAUUUGCACUGACUUUGUUCUGAAUAAGUUAGCUCUACAUGUUCCUGAUCAUGUCUUAUCUCAUUUGGUUUCAAGUACUUGGGAUGAGAUUGUUGUGCUGGCAUCAUCUGAUACAUCAUUUCAAAUAAGGGUUUAUGCAAUGGCACUUCUUUCAAAUUACAUUCCAUUUGCUGAGCGCCAUCACUUGCAAUCUCUUCUUGUGGCAGCUGAUAGGAUUUGUUGUUUCCACUAUGCACAACCAUCACAUGAGGGUUCUAUCCUACAACUUUCAUUAGCACUUAUUGCUUAUGCAUGCCUGUACUCAUCACCUGAAGAUAUUUCUUUGAUUCCCGAAAAUGUAUGGGGAAAUGUUGAAACAUUAGGGUCAUCAAAACAUGAUGGCAAGCUUGGAGACCUUGAAAAGAAGACUUGUCAAGUCCUCUGUAGAUUGAGGGAUGGAGAUGAGGCGAAAGAGGCACUGAAAGAAGUACUUUCUUCAAAUUCUUCAAAGCAGCAUGAUCCAGACUUUGCUAGUAUGCGUGAAUCUAUUCUCCAGGUCCUUGGCGACUUAACAGCAGUUCACUCAUAUUUUGAUGUAUUCUCAGAGAAAAUUAACCAAGAAGCUAUGGAGGUAGAGGAGGCUGAGAUGGAACUAGACAUUAUACAAAAGGAACAUGCAUUACCAGGACGAAUGGAGGAUUCCAAAGGUUGGAAUCAGACACCAACUCUACCCUCCUAUGGGAAGGAUCUUUCAAGGCUUCAACAAAUCAGAGAGUGCAUUCGUUCCCUGGAGAAGACCAAACUUAAAGAAGAUAUUCUAGGCCGUAGGCAAAAGAAAAUACUACUGAGACACACCCAUCAAAAACAUUUGGAAGAAGCAGCUUUACGGGAAGCAGAACUUGUACAAGAACUUGAUAGGGAGAGAGUGGCUGAAAUUGAAAAGGAGCUGGAAAGACAAAGAUUACUAGAAUUAGAGCGUGCUAAAACAAGGGAAUUGCGUCACAAUCUUGAUAUGGAGAAGGAGAGACAAACGCAGAAAGAACUUCAGCGUGAAAUAGAGCAAGCAGAAUCAGGACUCCGACCAUCUCGGCGUGAUUUUCCUUCCUCCACCCACACUAAUCGUCCUAGGGAUAGAUUUCGUGACAGAGAAAAUGGGAGAUCCGUAAAUGAUGGGAGCGCUAGAGCUGGUACUGGAAGCUUACAGCCUGAAAUUCCUUCAAUUAGUUCAUCAACUACAGCAUCACCGACUAUAGUUCUUUCUGGCUCCCGGACAUUUUCAGGCCAGGUGCCUACCAUCUUACAGUCACGCGACCGACAGGACGACAGUGGCAGCAUGUAUGAAGAAAAUGUUGAUGGAAGCAAGGAUUCAGGUGAUGCCAGCAGCAUUGGAGAUCCAGAAUUGGCAUCAGCAUUUGAUGGCCAGUCUAGUGGAUAUGGAUCCCAAAGGCAGAGUUCAAGGGGAAGCAAGUCAAGGCAACUCGGGGAACGCAGAGACAGAGACAGAGACAUCAGGCGCGAAGGGAAGUGGGAAAGGAAGCAUUGAUAGCUAGUGAACAGGGUUCUUGUGCACUUAGUAGGUCGUAUUCAUUGUAUUAUCCAUGCAAGAAGAGCAGUAGCUGUACUGCCUCAACAGAACAAAACUUUUGCAAAGGAUAUUUGUUGUAUGUAUUUUUGGAAAAUCUAUGCAGAACCAUGAGGAACAUGUUACAUGUCACCCUGGGUCUGUAGCUGGUUCAGCAGUGUUGUAUAAUCCUAUGGAUGGUUAAACUUUAUGCAGGUCCAUAUUUUAGGCAACUGUAUCAAUUUCUGUACAAUAGUGUGGAUAAUUGUGUCUAAGAUUAUUCACAAGGUUGUAUACAAGAUAAAACAGGUAGUUGAAGUUA